AUGUCUACUACUAAGCGCUCGGUCACCACGAGGCCGUCCACUUCGUCACGGAACGUGCCACGCGGCAUCUGGGAGCUAGCCCGAUUGCAUACUCGCGAAUCCUGGCUAUGCUGGUAUCCAUCUAUCUGGGGAGCUGACAUUUGUGACCAGAGCUUGGAUAAGCACGUCCAGCGUUGCAAGGUGCGCCCUCUCCCAUCCGGAAUGAUUAGCACGCCAGAAGCCUUGCUUGCCUUUGUCUGUUGGGUGCCCUUUACGUUCGCCAUUACCUGGGCUACCCUGGGCCCGGCUGUGACAGUGAGCUUCAUUCCCGUCUGGGUAUUGAGUGUGAUCUACCCUUUUAUGAAGCGCCUUAUGCCCUUUCCGCAAGUUGUUCUUGGGGCAAUCAUCGGAGGCGCGGUGUUUCCUGGUUGGGUGGGCGUUACCGGGGAUCUGGAUCAUCUCGACCAGGCAUUGCCGCUAUUUUUCGCUACAGCCGCAUGGGUUGUCUACUUUGACGUUUUCUAUGCGACGCAAGACCUGCCGGACGACAAGAAGGCUGGCGUCAAAUCGCUCGCGGUCUGGAUGGGACCCAAUGUCAAGAUCCUCCUUGCGGGGCUUGGAAUCCUACAGAUUGCCUUCUUCGCCAUGACAGCACUGCGGGCCGAUCUUUCCCUCAUCUUCUGGAUACUGGGAAUUGGAGUGUGGGCCGUCAGUGUGCCAUGGCAUGUCCUGUCCUUGAACCUCAAGGACCGACACUCCGGCGGAUCGGUUUUCAAAGCGAAUAUUAAACUAGGAUUGUAUAUGACGGGAGUCUCUUUAUUGGAACUCGUUCUGUUGAGGGUGCAUCACGCACCCAUGAAAGUAUACUAG